AUGGCUCCGCCACCCGCGGUGCCGGAAGCGGACCACCAGGACGACGACGACGACAUCCCGGAAGGGACCGGGGUAGACCUGAGAGUGGCGGUACGUAGGCUCAAGGCCAGGAAUACCGCCCCAGGACCCGAUGGCUUGCCUGGCAAAGCCUGGGUCCUGGCCUCGGAGGCUCUCGGGCCCCGACUGGAGGGGCUCCUAAGCGCAUGCUUGGAGAGAGGCCAAUUCCCGCUUCGUUGGAAGACGGGGAAGCUGGUCCUCAUUCGGAAGCCGGGGCGCCCUGCGGACUCUCCGUCCGCAUACCGGCCCGUGGUGCUGCUCGACGAGGUGGGCAAGCUCUUUGAAAGAGUAAUUGCAAACCGCCUCGCCGAGCACCUUGCGGGGACGGGGCCGGAUCUUGCGGAACACCAGUUUGGUUUCCGCAAGAGGCGCUCUACGGUGGACGCCAUUAUGCGCGUGAGAGCCCUCACGACGGGGGAUGCAGUGGCCAGGGGGGGGGUUGUCUUGGCGGUGUCUCUCGACAUCGCCAACGCCUUCAACUCCAUGCCCUGGAGCUGCAUUAGGGAGGCACUCCGGUAUCACCGGGUGCCGACCUAUCUCCGUCGUAUAGUCGGGGACUAUCUGACGGACAGGGCCGUCAUCUACCCCGGUCGAAACGGAGAGUGGAACCGGCGAGAGAUGUCGUGCGGUGUCCCACAGGGUUCGGUUCUGGGGCCGCCCCUGUGGAACAUCGGUUACGACUGGGUGCUGCGCGCCGACCUCCCUACCGGCGUCAGCGUAGUUUGCUACGCUGACGACACGCUGGUACUGGCACAAGGGGGGUCGUACGAGGCGGCGGCGGAAACUAUGACACGCGGGGUUGCGAUAGUCGUUGAGAGGAUCCGGCAACUGGGUCUCGAGGUGGCUCUGCACAAGUCCGAGGCCAUGCACUUCCAUGGUCCUCGGAACAGGCCACCACCGGGAUCCUCAGUGAUGGUAGGAGGGGUAUCCAUCGGCGUCGAGUCGACGUUGAAGUACCUAGGACUCGUCCUCGACGGCCGAUGGAACUUCGUUGAGCACUUCCGACGUUUGGCUCCCAAACUGGAACGGACCGGGGCUGCCUUCAGGCGGCUCCUGCCGAACCUGGGGGGGCCAAACGCCUCCUGCCGGAGGCUCUACGCGGGGAUCGUGAGGUCCAUGGCCCUUUACGGGGCCCCGGUGUGGGCGCGUGGUUUGGCGCGGCUUGCCGUCCACCACCUAAACGCGCCCCAAAGGGUGGUUGCCGUAAAGAUGGUUCGCGGCUACCGCACGAUCUCCCGCGAGGCGGCGAGCCCCCUUGCCGGAUUGCCGCCAUGGGAUCUGGAGGCGAUAGUCCUCGCGCGCCUGCACGAAUGGCGCGCGGCAGCACUAUGCCGGGGGGAAACCCCGCUGCCGCGGCAAGUUGUCGCGCAGCGGACAGACUUCCGGCAUGAUCUCAUGGCGACAUGGAGAGAGCGACUGUCGCAACCCCGUGCUGGGCACGACACUAUAGCGGCGAUAAGACCCCUCUUUGAGGAGUGGCUUGAGAGACGCCACGGCGUCCUCACCUUCCGCCUGACGCAGGUCCUCACCGGACACGGUGUGUUCGGGAGGUUCCUGCACCGAAUCGGGCGGGAGGAAACGCCCGGGUGCUCCCACUGCGAGGAUCGACCGGAGGACACGGUGGAGCACACCAUGGAGGUGUGCUCUGCUUGGGCGGAGCACCGCCGUGUCCUCGUAGCGGCGAUAGGUGGCGGCGACCUCUCGCGUCCGGCUCUGGUCGAAGCCAUGGUCCGGAGCGAGACGGAAUGGGAUGCCGUCACCACCUUCUGCGAAGCAGUGAUGCUAGCGAAGGAGGUGGCGGAGCGGGAGAGGGAAAGAGCAACAGCUUUCCUUCCCGGCCGCCGCGGGAGACGCCCCGGGCGUCGGGGGCUACGUCACGUUGGCGGCAUCGGACAUCAGUGUCUACCACUGCGUUACAGCGUAUAA